AUGUGCGCUUGGAGCCCAACAACCGACAUGCCAAGCCUCCGGGGCAAGGUCGCUGUCGUAACAGGCGCAAGUGUCGGCAUUGGGCUCCAGAUUGUUCGCCAGCUCGCGCAGCAUGGAGCUAAAUACCCAGAAAUCGCUCCUGAAGCGGUGGAGUGGCUACAAUUGGACCUGACAGAUCUGAGGAGCAUUACCCAGUUGGCGGAAGAGGUGAAGAAAAGGGUUAGCAGCCUCGACAUUCUGGUCAGCAAUGCUGCAACUAUCACCACCUCGAAGGAGAUCGUAGCCGAUAGAUGGGAGAAGAACAUGGCAGUCAAUGUCUUAGGCUCGUUUCUACUCAUUGACCGUCUUAUGCCUCUGCUCGAGACUACCUCCAAGCGUUCAGGUGCCGACGUUAGGAUCGUGACCAUCGCUUCUACAGCUCCAAAAGCCUUCCUCCCUGCCAACUUCCAAUUCCAAUUUGACUCGGCUGCUGGGCUCGUCACUCCUGUAACUUGUUAUCCCCCGGCCUGGCGUUACUUUCUGAAGUUCCUCUUUGCUAGCGACAUGAUUCUGUACAGCGUCUCCAAGGCUGGAGCAAUGAUCUACGCCUCAAAGAUGCAGGAGUUGUUCGACAAGUACGGCCUCAACAUACUUUCACUCAUCGUUCACCCCGGUGAAGUAGCCACCGAGGGAGUUGCCGAGGCUAACAAUGCCUUCAUGCGGAUGAUGGCCCGCACGUCUUUUAUGAGUUCAGAGCAAGGUGCUGCUUCUCCACUGUUCGCAGCUACUUCCGAUCAGAUCCGCGCCGACCCAGAUCAGUUCAAAGGUAAGCUGCUCAUGCCCGUUGGUAAGCCUUCGAGUUUGCAUUCCGUGGUAAACGAUAGGAAGCAAGCUCAGGGCCUUUGGGAUGUCAUGAUGAAAGAGCUUGCCCGGCAUCUUGAGGCGGAUGACCUGGCCCCCAUGCGAAAAUGGUGA